AUGCCGAGGGUUUCGCGCAUAGGUGAGGCACUGGCUGCUGCUAGGCUCCAAUACCCUGCCAACCCUCGCUACUGCUUUGUCAGUAUUAAUGGCCCUAUGGACGCCGUGACUGAUGAAUAUGACGAUUUUAUGCCCCUGACUGGAGAGAUUUAUAUAAGGGCCUAUCAUCCGCCUCCCCAAGGCGAUUAUGAGUGGGGAACAGAGAGAGAAGUGGCUACUGCUAUCGCCUCGAUCAAGAAAUACGGAAUUGUUCCAUACGAAACUCUCAAGAUUUGCUGGCCACACGAGUUUACGGGGAACAUCCCUCUGGGAUGCGAUGAUGAAUUAGACGCACAGAAGCAAUUACCAGGAGUGCCUCCUCUCUCGUUUGGCUCUCAUGAAAGUCCCACACUCAGAAUGGGCGCACUGAUACAACAACUGUUCUUGGUGUCCAAGGAUGGAAUUCUCAAUCUGGACGACAUCUCGAUUACGAUCAUGGAACUCACGCGAGUGGUUCAUAUUAUCCCUGACUUGGGACAGAGCGCUCUUUAUCUCAGCCUUCCAGCCUGGUCGAAUCCCGAAGGAGGACUAAUGAAAGUGUCUGACCUUGCGACCCUACAGGAGUGUUUCCCGCAGCUCCUCUUAAUUUGGUAUGAAACAACUGCCAAGUGUAGAGACAAACUAUUUCAUCCUCGAGCAUUCCAUGCACCUCUGUUUAGAGUCUUUGCUCGGUCGAGGCCCGAUUAUCUGAGACAGAGCGAAAUUGCGUGUAUGGGACAACCUUGCUUUCCUCCAGGCCCUGCCGUCCUACAUGCUAUUCGUGGCUUGGUGAAGGCAUUUGAAAAUUGCCGCGUUAGUGUUGCAAGGGCUGGCAUCAUGGGGUCGAUUCUAGCCAGCGUGGACUAUUCUGGGGUUCCAGUGCUAAUGCCUGCUGCGAUCGUUGGUCAAACGCCUCCACCAACUGGCUGGACCCUUAUGAUGGAUCUACCACCUGUACAACUAUCGAUGACUACUGAGCCGCGGCCUCCAUCACACGAUAUGCUUUUGUCUAUUGUGCGUCCGAUGCAGGGGAACUCAAUGUUAUGGGAUUCGAAGGUUUUGUUUCAUCCCGAGGUAUCAGCAUGAGGAAAGCGAAGCCAAGAGUCUUUAAUUCCGUCUCCUGCACAGGUGUGGCAACCUGAUUAGAUGGGACUUGGACAUUCUAUCCUAAAUAUAUCGGCAGUACGCGUCGCGAGCGCCAUUCAUAGGAGACAAGUUAGAUCGUAACUUGUGGACAGGCGAAUGGGGACGGAGGGUAACGCUGAAGAAGACAAUCGCACAGACAAAGAAAUAGGAUAUAAAGCUACUGGUU